AUGAGCAUGAGGCGCAAAUUUACUUCUACUGGCCCAGAGCCAACGACUUUGCCCGAGUCAAAACGGCGCAAGGUUUCCGAUGACAAGACUGAUGAUAUCGAAACCCCACAAAAGACCACGAAAGUCGGAUUGAAGCUUAUCGAUGACAUUAAACAUGCGACAGACAAGAGUGGACGAAUUAUCGCGAGCAACUUCUAUGAGCUUCCGGACAAAAAGAAAUAUCCAGAUUAUUACAAAGUGAUUGGACUUCCGAUAUCUCUCAACCAAGUGAUAGACAAACUAAAUAAACACCGCUAUGCAACCCUCACGGAGCUUGAGAGCGACCUCAAGCGGCUCGUCAGCAACGCAAAAAAGUACAAUGAAAAGGGUACUAUGCUCUUUGCCGAUGCAGAGCGCAUUCGAAAGAUAGUCACAGGCACCAUGCCGAAAAUCAAUCCGGCGUACAACGACCCGAACUACAUCCCAUUCCCAACCCCUAUCCCCGACCAAAAUGAGAUAACUGAGACGCCCGAGAACGAGGAUGGUGAAGAAGAUGGUGACAACCAGGAAGAUAAUGCGGAAGCAGAUGCAGAAGACGACAAAGCUUCUGACCAGGAGUUGGACCAGGGCGAAGAUGAGGAGCUGAAUUUCGAGGGUGACACGAUACAGCUUGCUCAAGAUAAAAUCAUAUCAGAAAUGAUUCCUUUAAGAGACGAUCGAGGAAGGGAAGUAGGAGGCCCCUUUCUGUACAAGCCUGAUAAGAACCUGUACAAAGAGUACUACGAAAUUAUACAGCAUCCAGUCUCUUUGCGCAGUAUAUUAAAACAAGUUCGAGGCAUUGAGGGAAGAAAGCCACACAGCCACAAAACGGCAUUUCCAACUUGGCAAUUAUUUGCAGAUGAAAUGGAAUACGUAUGGGGAAACGCUCGAGAAUUCAACGAAGAAGACAGCGAGAUUGUCGACCUCGUCAAUAUCCUAGAGGCCCAUUUUAAGCGCCGUCUUGCCGAAGCAAAAAGUGUUGUACCGGAUGACCCCAUAGAUGAGUCAAACCCGCGUAUCAAACUCAAAUUGGGGAUGAGUAAAACGCCAGAACCACGACUGACGCUGAAGUUUGCUGGCCAAAAGGCUUCAUCAGUCGAGGACAAGACUCCAGCAUCGGCAUCUUUAGACGGCGAUUCUGUGCAGAGACCAGGCUCAGCUGCACAUCGCGACACUCCAGACUCUUCACGGCUAGGCGGCCUUGGACAAAGUCCAAUGCCUGGCAAAAUAAUAUCUCCCUCACCAUCUCAGACCCCAAUGCCGUCGACGGCCGGCGCAGGUCUGCUUAAUCCAUCGAUUGGUGGUAGUGAUCAAAUCAGCUCUUGGCCAAUUGUGCCGCAACGUCCAAGUUAUGCCUCUGUGCAGUCACUAUUUCGAAAAGCCGACGAAGAUGUGUCAGAAGCGUUGAUCAAGAACCUGACUAUACAAUCCCAUUCAAGCCUGGGCCCUCAUCCUAAGUUCUAUAUGAAUAUCCCCGCAUCGCCGGUGAUGCGACAGCAGUCGGUUGUGGUGAAUAUUCCUGCCCCCCAGAGCUUCGUAUCGCUGUCUCUCAGCAUCGCCCCCAACUCGGCACAAAGGCGGACGAAACUGGUCGCGCUGUUUGGACCUCAAAGAGCUCCUAUUUCUCCUCUGCCUCAUUCGAAUCCCUCUGAGUUAGGCUACGAUAUCAGGCUAGCUGCUGGUCUGACGAAGAUUGAUUUCCAAGUGGUCUCACAUCGAAACGCUGGACAGGAAGGCGUGAAUGGUAAUAUUCAUGGUAGGGCGAAUGAGGAAAAGAGGGAAUCUCUUACCGUAUUUUUCAGAGUGAUUCGAUAA